GACCGUCCUCUCUUGAGGAAUUGGCAAAAGCUUGCUAUUUUUCUCCUCUUUUCUUGUUCAAGAACAAGAUUUAGGGCCUAGAACUCCCUCUAAAGCCGAGGAAUUUUCGGAUUUGCUCUGCUCUGUGUCCUCCAUCCGCUGCUCUUGUCGGUUUGUGGGUGUGAAAUUUUCCAAAUUCCUGCCGUGACUUCCCCUCCAAUUUUCCGUCAGCUUCCUUACCCGCCGGACCCGAUUCCUGCUUGCUGGAAAAUUCUGGAAUCUCGUGUUCCAAUUGGGAGGGAACAAUGAGGCUUUGGUUUGGUUCAUGGAUGGUGAUAGAUGUGUGGGUGUAAUGUGAACAGGAAGGAAGCAGCGGCAAUUAGUGUGUUGAUAAUGGUGGUGGUGGUUUUGCAGAUUUAUUAUGUGUGAGGUGUUGAUAAGCAUAAGUUGAACAUGGGUUUUCCGUCUUAUGCGAGUGAAGAAGCGAAACCGAGGACGGGGAAACCAAGGGGAGUGACGAGGUAGAAGGCUAGCCAUUCUAAUUGGGUAUAAGUUUUAGAUUUUAUCAUCCUUUUGUAAGAUCUUGAAGUGAUUGAGCAGAUCAAGAGAUUGAGAUCCAUUCGUGACGGUAGGCGCAUGGGUGAGAAGUAUUAUGAUUUAAGCGCUUUGUUCCAGUCGGCAGCUUCCAUCGAAGGCUUUAGUCCAAUCCCCAUUCUUGGUGACGAUAAAGUUCCAUCUAAAGCGAAGAGGCUAAGUGGGUGGAAACCUUGGCAGUGAAUAUGGAGGAAGCCUUGACGAACCCUAAAGUUCGCCAAAAAAUUUUGGCCAGUGAAAUAGACUGAGGGAGGUGUGAAGGUCUCAUAUGGCACCCCUAGCAUGACAAAAAAGCUUAAAACAACGAAGAAUCAGCCAAAAGUGACGGUGUUGAAGGUAUGAGCCCUUGUAUCAUCAUAAAAUUUGAGAAUCACUCUUGAUAAUUGCUAAGUUGAAUGUCGUUAACUUUUCUCUCCUUGUGCCUAGCCACGUCCCAUUAGCAAACUACCUCUUUUCAGGGCUAGUGACUUCGAAUUGGUUUUCGAGGGGUUUAUACCAGUGAGGAAAAUUGGUGUCGCCAACGGUGAGAAAGGUGUUGAGAAGAGCGAGGCGAAGGUUGCAGUAGCUGUUAGCAAAGAAAAGGGAAAGGUCACUGAGGUAAUCAACUUUGAUUCUAGUGAGAGCAACAUCCAUAAGUCUAGUAGAGACGAUGCCUUAUCUGAGAAUGGGAAUGGUUCCAAAUAGGGAGGCAAAGUUGCAGGCUUUUAAGGCAACAUUGACAUGAAUAGGGCCACCCCAAAAGAAUUCGAAUUGGAUGUGGGCGAUGCUACAAAGAAAUCUGUCUCUAGUAAAGGCAAAAUGGAUACUAGCAUGUUGACCAUGAGUUCAGCGAAGAAAAUGGCUGGCCCUGGUGAAACCAAGCAUGGUGGUCAACAGUCCGCGGCCUUAGCUAAGUUAAGUGAGGUCGACAAUUCGACCAUGAGACUACUCAAGAGUCUCGACAAGAUGAAUGAGGGUAAGGAUGUCUCACUGGCUCAGUUUGGCUUGUUGCCCCUGGGUGGCUCACGAGCAGUGGGUAGGUUUAUAGUGCCUACAAUGUUGGAACCAUGGGUGCGCCACCUGUUAGACAUUUUUCCAAACCUCACAACACGCAGCAAGGCCCAAAAGGUGGUCAUUGAGGAUGCCUUCCUAAUCCUUUGUGUGAUUAUGCGACAUAUGGAGGUAACUACCUUUGUUGAAAUGGAUGAGGAUUUCUUCUAUCUAUGUAGGGAUGCCUUUGGCGAUGUUGAGAGUAUUAACUUCGAAGUUGAUGCCCUUUGCACUCAUUUAUCAAAUUUGGCAAAGGCAUAUCUUGGGAAGAACAAGUUUGGCACGGUCGAAGGUGACAUGGACGAGGGCUUGAAUGGGCGACUCAGGGAGCAGGUGAAGCAUAUUGAAGAAAUAGAGAAGUCCUUGGCUAAGACAAGAGAACAGGAUUCAAUAGCGGUUCUCCCUUGUGAGUUUUAAGGCAAUAAUAUCCGCUAUCAUGUGCUUCUGUGACGACGAAGGGACUAUCCCAAUUGGUAGUGAACUUGGAUGGUCCAACAAUGUUUUUCCUUACAUGGUCUGAGGCCUUAAGGACCAUCUAUCCAAUUGUGAAAACUUUAGCCUUGACUACACGAUUGUAGGCAUUUCUCAUCUUGGCUCAGUAUUUCUGAGCCUUUUCUUGUGCAAUUUGACGAAAUGCUUUGACAGACUCCAAGUCUUCAAUUUGCCUCUAAUCACAAAUGUCAACAUCGUUACCCAGCUCGAAUGCAACCAAGAUGUGUGCAGUUGGCAUUAAGACUUCAUCGAGAAAGACUGCAUAGCAACCAUAUCCUAGAAAAUAAGGUGAAAAACCUGUAGCAGUCUUGGAUGAUGUUUAAUGCGCCUAAAGAGUAUCUUGCAAAUGAAUGCUCCACCCUCCUUCGUACUCAUAGACCAUUUUGCUCAGAAUUCUUAGCAAACUUUUGUUAGUUGCCUCUGCUUGACCACUUCCUUGGGGGUAAUAGGGGGUGGACUUUCGAUGCUUGAUCACAUAAGUGUCCAACAAUCUUUGCACAUGUUGAUUAACAAAAGGAGUUCCAUUGUCACUCACAAUUUUGUAUGGGAUCCCAAAAUGGUAGAUUAUGUGUUCCUUGAUAAAGUUUGACACUGCUAGGCCCAUAGCCUUGUGAAGAAGGACAGCCUCCACCCAUUUGGUGAAAUAUUUGGUGGCCACCAAUAUCCAAAUGUAACCCUCAAAUGAAGAGUGAAUGGUACCGAUGAGAUCCAAGCCCCAAGUAUGAAAAGGCCAAGGAGGCCUCAUAUCUUACAACCAAUGAAGAUGGGAAUGGAUAAGACUAGCAUGAACUUGGCAAGUGUGACAUCGUCGAACCAAAUCUGCAACAUCUUGCUUCAUGCCUGGCCAAUAAUAACCAUGAGUUAAAAGUUGCUAAUAUAGCUUUCUCCGCCCU